CCAGGUGCGAAAGGCGGAAUUUGAACAUGAAGACCUUAAUCUUACUGAGCAUUAGCGUCUCGUUAGCUGUGGUCGUGGGAACUCCAGCGCGACUCAGGAACGCGGUCGAGAAGCCAGCCGAGAAAGAUGGCAGGCAAAUUGACCUGUCUCUCCCUGCCGGACUAGGCAACGUGACCAUGCUGUGCUUCCCUCUGCCCGAGAACCUCCCCGAAGCCAUGCGGAAGCUACUGACGGAGAGGAACCUGGGUGGAGGCAAAUUCCAGCUCCGAGAUGAUGACUCUGAUGAAGACGAUUCUGCUUCUGAUGAAGAUUCGAAUUCAAACGAAGAUGAUAGCAGCGAAGAAAGGAAGUUGAGGGACGAUUCUGAUGAAGAUUCGGAUUCGGAAGAAGAUAGCAGUGAAGAGAGGAAGUUGAGGGACGAUUCUGAUGAAGAUUCGGAUUCGGAAGAAGAUAGCAGUGAAGAGAGGAAGUUGAGGGAUGAUUCAGAUGAAUCAGACGAAGACUCGAAAUCGGACGAAGAUGACAGUAGUGAAGAGAGGAAGUUGAGGGACGAUUCUGAUGAAGACUCGGAUUCAGAAGAAGAUGAUAGUAGCGAAGAAAGGAAGCUGAAGAAGGGUUCUGAUGAAUCGGAUGAAGAUUCUGAUGAGAAAAAAAAAUCCGAUGAAGAUUCCGAUGAAGAUUCUGGUUCCGAUUCCGAUGAAGAUUCUGGGUCCGAUUCCGAUGAAGAUUCUGAUUCCGAUUCCGAUGAAGAUUCUGGUUCCGAUUCCGAUGAAGAUUCUGAUUCCGAUUCCGAUGAAGAUUCCGAUGAAGAGUAUACUUUCCCCAACAUCAUCAUCCCUCCAUCAUGCGAGGAUCUGCUCGCGAAGCCCUGCAAUGCGUCCGUCGUCUGCAUUGAAAUCCCGGAGGAUCUGUUCAACGAACUGGUCGCGCUGGGCAUGAAGGGUCCGGGGAAGCUGGGCGCAGACCGAAUGGGCACGGACCAGCAGGAUACAGGUCUACAGGGUACAGAGGAGCAGGGUACGUAUGGGGAUUUCCAUAGCGAGACAGACGAUUUCGAGACCUAUACUGACUACACUGAUCGCACGGAGACGCCGACCCCGACUGUGUAUUAUUGCGACUACUACUCCGACGAUUACCAUUGGUACAACGAGGGAGGAUCCGAUAGCUGGCCGUGGAAGCUGGUCGAGCGCCCAGAGGAAGAUGUAAAGAAACAUUUUGGAUGGUGGAAUCCUUUCCGUCCUCAAACCACAAGCGUCAAAACACUCUGCGACAGCUGGAAGACGUUCCUGGGAACGGUGGACACGACGUCGAACACCACCACGACGAGCACCUUCGAGACUUUCUUGACUUCCUUCUGCAACACGGUCAACAGGUCGGGUGUUGCAGCGCUGCACCACGAAGUUCCUGAGGUCGAAGGCAGCGUCCGAAUGGAGGCGCGCCGCCCGCCUCAUCCUCACCCUCCUCAUGCCUCUCCUCCCCCCCCUCCUCCUCCUUCAACCCCCGCUUCAGUCGAGGAGUCUCGCAUACUCAAAGCUCUGAGGAAUGUGGUGGCCUAAGGUGACGUCAGCACCUCUUGCCACCUCCUGCAUCUCGCGAGGAAAAGGGGGACACACCAAACCAACAUCCAGGCAUAUACUACAGUCACCAUUACAUUUCAAGACAAUAUGUUGAUCAAUAUAAUUUUUUCCUCCCGCUUGUACAAGAGAAAAAGAGAAAAUUAUAUUUAAUAAAAAAAAAAAAGAAAAAAAUAGGCCAUUGGUUCCAGUUGAGAAUGAUAAACGUAUUGCUAUUUCUAUAGGAACUUGAUGCUAAAGAGAAUGAUGAUGGUGAUAAUGAAUGAUGAAGAUUAUCCAGGUAACGAGACUGCAGCGAUCUAUUUCAUUCAAGGUAUCAUCCCCCUUGACCGGAAAUAAAUAAACUAUAAUAAAAA